UUGCCACUCAACCUCUGCUGUGCCCCAGGUGACUAGAGGAACAGCAGCAAACAAAAGCAAAGGCCUUCUGGAGUACAUUAAAGCAGAAGAUAGCAUAAGUGUUUAUCUUAACAUGAAACUAUUAUUUGAAGGACAAUUAAGGCUUUGUGUUGUUCAGUCAAUACAUCUGACAACAUGGGUACUCAUAUUUUUUAUUCUGAAGUCUAUCUCUUCUCUAAAACCUGCCCGACUCCCAAUUUAUCAAAGGAAACCUUUUAUAGCUGCUUGGAAUGCUCCAACAGAUCAGUGUUUGAUAAAGUAUAAUUUAAGACUGAAUUUGAAAAUGUUUCAGGUGAUCGGAAGCCCACUGGCCAAGGCCAGGGGUCAAAAUGUCACCAUAUUUUAUGUCAACAGAUUGGGAUAUUAUCCAUGGUAUACAUCACAGGGAGUCCCCAUUAACGGGGGUCUCCCUCAGAACAUAAGCUUGCAAGUGCAUCUGGAAAAAGCUGACCAAGACAUUAAUUAUUACAUCCCAGCUGAAGACUUCAGUGGACUUGCUGUUAUAGACUGGGAAUAUUGGCGACCCCAGUGGGACCGAAACUGGAACACAAAAGAUGUCUACAGACAGAAAUCAAGAAAGCUUGUUUCUGAUACACAAGGGAAUGUAUCAGCUACUGAUAUUGAAUAUUUAGCCAAAGUGACCUUUGAAGAGAGUGCAAAAGCUUUCAUGAAGGAAACCAUCAAAUUGGGAAUUAAGAGUCGACCCAAGGGCCUUUGGGGUUAUUACUUAUAUCCCGACUGCCACAAUUAUAAUGUUUAUGCCCCAAACUACACCGGGUCAUGCCCAGAAGAGGAAGUCCUGAGGAACAAUGAACUCUCCUGGCUUUGGAAUAGCAGUGCUGCUUUAUAUCCUUCUAUUGGUGUCAGGAAAUCCUUUGGAGACAAUGGAAAUAUUUUGCGCUUCUCACAAUUUCGAGUGCACGAAUCCAUGAGGGUCUCCACCAUGACAUCCCAUGAUUAUGCUCUGCCUGUAUUUGUCUACACGAGACUGGGGUACAGAGAUGAACCUUUGUUUUUUCUUUCUAAGCAAGAUCUAAUUAGUACCAUAGGAGAAAGUGCUGCCUUGGGAGCUGCAGGCAUUGUGAUUUGGGGAGACAUGAAUUUAACCUCAUCUGAGGGCAACUGUACAAAGGUGAAGCAGUUUGUGAGUUCUGAUUUAGGGAGCUACAUAGUCAACGUGACCAGAGCRGCCGAAGUGUGCAGCCUUCACCUCUGCAGGAGUAACGGGAGGUGUAUAAGGAAGACAUGGAAAGCUCCSGAUUACCUCCACUUGAACCCUGCAAGUUACCACAUAGAGGCCUCUGAGGAUGGGGAAUUUACUGUGAAGGGAAAAGCAUCUGAUACGGACCUGACAGUGCUGGCAGAGAAAUUUUCCUGUCAUUGUUAUCAGGGAUACAAAGGGGCUGAUUGCAGAGAAAUGAAGGAGGCUGAUGGCUGCUCUGGGGUUUCCCCUUUUCCUGGCUGGCUAAUAACACUAUGUUUACUCCUUUUAGCAGGUUAUCAAAGCAUUCAGCUGUGAAGUAAUUGAGCUUAAGGGGAAUUGUGUGGCCUCUAGAGUAAACCCUUAGGGAAGAAAUGAAACCGAUGACAAUUUUUUUCUUUCAUAAUUUCCUUUAAGAGCUAUUUUAAGCAGACAUUAUGUAUGUCCCUUAAGAAAAAUAGAAACAUAUUAUUUUAUUUGUGCCUGAUUUAGUUGGAAACCAGAUCCAAGAGUACAAAUCGGUGCCCUCCUCUCCUUAAUACUUAAAUCGUAUUUAAAUUAAAGCUAAUAUAUUCUAGACUUUUCAUGAAUGUAUGUACAUGAAAGCAUGCAUAUAAAUAUUAAAUUAUUGAUUUCAAA